GUGGAGUGACGGGGAGAGUAGUCCGAAAGGGCUGAAGCCUGCGGCUAAGCAUUGAAGGUGAAGAUGAUGAAAAAGUGGGUGAGCUUUCUUUGUUUCCAGGAAGAUGCACCGAUGAACGAAUGUUCUCGUAGUUCCCGACGGGAUCGACGAGCAACUACAUUUUCGGAGAUGCAGUUUUUGAUGUUAAGGACCCGCGAAAAUAAAGACCUCCAUUGUGCGGUUUUCUGUUUCGACGCAAAGAGUAGAAACGUCUAUGUCGCCUUGGCGGAGGUGUGCGAGGCAAACGCGAAAGAUAAUGAAGAUCAAGACGUCGUGUAUAAUAAUCUCCUGGGAGAAUUGUCGAGCAGCACGCAGCAGUCAAGAUACGGUGGGGACGACCGUGAAAUGUGUUGCUGACGCACGGAUUUUGUUCCUGAUAGUACAUACGAAUAAAAACAAGCUCCUUCAUGCAGGGCAAUUUUUUUUUUUUAAAUUUCGAGAACCUUCUGGCAUGAUUUUUAGAUUUUUAGCGUUCCAGCACAAUUGUAUAAUUUGAGAAAACUUUUUUCCACACUCGAGGGGUAGAAUCCAAAACGCGCGAGAGAAACCAGUCUCUUCUCCAUUUUGGUCGCGACGAGAGUCUGGAAGCUGGCGAGAAUAAGAAAUAAUAAACGCCAAAAAACUACAAAGACAGAGUGAAUUUUCUGAUGGCCGCUGAAGAACUACUGUAUGAUUUAACUGAGGAGCAACGAUGCCACAAAGACUGUGAAUGACGACUCAAGAUUGUCGCGAAUUCAACAUUUCCAAGAUAAAUAGUAGGUACGGAGUUUUACUCUACUUACAGCGUUUUCGAAAUAAGACUACCCGGAUGGCUUCGUCGUAGUUGCAAGCGGGGACGCGUUUCGCGAGGUGGCGG